AUGAAAGCAUGGGUGCUGUGCCUCACUACGGUGCUGCUGGCUGGCGUGCGCGGGGUGCACCCGCCUCCAGACCAAUGCUGCGAUGGCCCAGCACGUCCUGUGCUCUGGAUUAGUCGUUCCAACACCUCGGCGUUGGCCGCCGCUUGCACCCAGCUCCAUUACAGCAAGGAGAACUCGCUGGGAUGCGCUGCUCUCACUGCCUGUACACACGACGGAGAGGAGCUCUGGAUGAGCUGCCCAGAUGGCUUUGAAUCCGACUGCGUGCUCGGAUGUACAGCGCUCCCCAAAGCUUCCAGCUGCCCAGAACCACCGCAGAGCCUGGUCGAAUGGCUCAGCAGUAACGGUGGCUUCAUCAACCCACGCCUCCGCAUCGACAGCGGCCGGCUGGGGAGAGGUCUUUUCGCAACGGAAGACAUAGAGAUCUCGGAGGUCUUGGUGUCCCUGCCAUCCGAAGUGAUUAUCUUGGAUGGCCGAUCACCGUGCCUGGCCAUCAAGCGCCUCCGCAACGAGCUGCAGAAGGGUCCGUGCUCCUUCUACUGGCCGUAUCUCAAAACGCUGCAUGAGAUCGAGAUCUCACUGCCGGCAGUUUGGUCACUGGAAGAUUUGGCAUUGCUAGACGGGCUUCCAACACCAAAGGGUGGCUGGCAAAGCUACACUCAGCAAUACUUCAAGGAUUGCCUGGAGAGUGAUGGAGACGCUUUGGCUUUGCGGGCCUUGCUUCUGUACCACACCCGGGCCGGACCAUUAGGCAUGACCCCUGUUGCCGACAUUAUGAAUCAUGGAUACAACAUGACAUGGCACGGGUUUGAUCAAGAAGACGUUAUGAAGCCGCACGGCAGAGGAACCUUCUGGAUCCGUUCAUCGUCUGCCAUCAAAGCCGGCAGCGAGGUUCUGAAUUCAAUAGUGAAUGGAGUGGCGUUUCGCCCUACUGUGGCCGCCGGCAUGCACGCCGAUGACUUUGACGGAGCGGCUGAAAUUUUUAGGAACUACGGCUUCAUGGAAGACCCUCCAGUGAUGUGGUGGUUUGACAGCGCAGCUGACGGGACACGCCAUGCAUGGAUCCAGAUGGAUGCAAAGGGCACGCCGAGCUGGUUUGAGGACACCGACGACCACGGUCCUGGCACGAACCUCACCGGCUUGGUGGAAGAUGGCUCUGCUUUACUCGAGGACCUGCAGGUUCGUGAGGCCCGUCUGGGUAUGAUCUACGGUCCGGGAAGCGACGAGCAGCCCUUCUCCUUCGACACGAAACUCCAAAUCGGCAAACAUCGCCGGAUGGCCUUGGCCUACCGCCAGGCCUUCAAAAACGCUCUGAAAGCAGCUAUCGAGGCUGCCAAAGUUGAGCUGAGAGCCAGCGGAGCACAAAUUCCUGGCAAGCAAGAGCUUUGA